AUGGUGACUGCCUCCAUUUACACCUACACCACCCCGCCCACCUUUGCCCCGCACAUUCACUGGCACAUCCCCAUGGCCAUGAAGAUCCCCCACACUUACACUCCCAUUUCCCACACCCACUGCCUCUACCGGGGGCACAGGCUGUGGUGGGCCUUCCUCCUCUCCUCCCUGUCUGUCUUCCUGGGGGGGCUGCUGGCCCUGCUGCUCUGGAAGGUUGCUCACAGAGGGUUCAAUAGCAUUGGGAUUUUCAGACCCCGACGACAGCGCUGGGCACACAGACAGAGCAUUAGUGUGCAGACAGAUUUCAAUCUGAGGAAUGCCUUGAAGGAAUGGGCGUUCUCUGUGAUAUCGGCUCAACAUCUGCCUGGCAAAGUCCUAAUGGUGCUGAUAUUCUGUUUCAACAUUGGCUCCAUCCUGACCUAUAUUAUCCUUUCUACUGACCCAGUAGAGUCCUGCAUGAAAGAAUACAGCAUAGCUUUCCUCAUUGAUUUGAGCUUCAACAUCUGCCACCUUCUGUAUUUUGGGCUCAGGUUUUUGGCGGCCCAGGAUAAGCUGACGGUUUGGGUUGACUUGAGAUCCCUGGUGGAUUUUUUCACCAUCACUCCAUCCUUAGUUACCCUGUUUUCCCAUCGAGCCUGGCUGGGUCUGAGGUUCAUCAGAGCUCUGCACAUACUGGAGUUACCAGUCGUUCUGCAGAUUCUCAACGUCUUCAACAGCAACAGCACCACUCUGAAACUCUCCCGCCUGGUUGCCAUCCUAACAGGCACACUGCUGACCUCAGCUGGUUUCAUCCACCUGCUGGAGAACUCAGGUGACCCCUGGCUGGACUUCUCCAACCCCCAACCUCUCCACUACUUUGAGUGUGUUUACUUCCUGGUUGUUACCAUGUCAACGGUGGGCUAUGGUGACGUGGAGUUGAGGACGACCCUGGGACGCCUCUUCGUCAUCAUCUUCAUCUUUAUUGGACUGGGUCUGUUUGCCAACUUUGUCCCAGAGGUGGUUCAGAUCAUCAUCAACAGGAAGAGGUUUGAUGGUAGCUUCACGGGUGUCUCAGGCAAGACCCAUGUGGUGGUGUGUGGUCACAUCACUCUGAGCAGCGCCUCUGCCUUCAUGAAAGAUUUUCUACAUGAGGACAGGGGAGAGGUCGACGUCAAGGUGCUCUUCCUGGGAAACUUCCGUCCUAACCAGGAGCUGGAGGCGUUCUUCCUGAGGUGGUUCCUGAAGGUCACCUUCUACCAGGGCUCAGUGAUGCAGAGGAGAGACCUGGAAAGAGUUAAGAUGCAUAAAGCAGGAGCUUGCCUGAUCAUCUGUGACAGGUUCACCUCAGACCAGCAUAAGGAGGACGCUGCCAAUCUCAUGAGGGUGAUCUCCAUCAAACAGUAUUGUCCCAACACCAGGAUUAUAGUUCAGAUGCUGAAGCACAACAGUAAGGCAUUCCUGCAGAACGUGCCUAACUGGGACUGGAGUCGAGGUGAUGCAGUGAUCUGCCUGGCAGAGCUCAAACUGGGUUUCAUGUCUCAGAGCUGCCUGGUGCCUGGCCUCUCCACGCUGUUGACCAACCUGUUCACCAUGCAGAGUGAGAUCGAGCAGGAUGGAGACACCUGGCAGAACCUGUACAGAGAGGGCCUCUACAAUGAGAUCUACACAGAGCACCUGUCCCCCUCCUUCAUAGGGAUGUCCUUCGCUCAGGCCAGCAAGUCAGUUUGUCAGUCUGCUACAGAGAGACAUAUCAGUGUUCUAUUACUACAAACAAACAUGAUCUCUCUCUGUCUGCCUGCCUGUUUGCCUGUGUGCCUGUCUGCCUGUGUGCCUGUCUGCCUGUCUGUGUGUCAGGCUAUGUUUCCUGAAGCUGAGCAGUGUGUGUUGGUGAAUCCUCCCAGUCACAUCAAAAUAAAGCUGUGGACUCUGGGUUUCCUCAUAGCCAGCAAUGCCAGUGAUGCCAGAAGGGCGAGUAUGUACUGCUCUGUGUGUCACAGAGACAUCAAGGAUUUGCCCAGGAUGAGACCCUGCAGGUGCACUGAGCAGAAAGAUGUCUCAUCUAACACCUCCGCCAUGAGUCUAGGCUUCAGACGUCCAUCACUGGGAGUUCUGCCCUUCAGCCCAGAGGGAGAGACUCUUCGAGAGAGGGAGUGUGUGUGGGAGCAGCAGCAGCAGCAGGAGGAGCAGCAGGAGGUGGGGCUGGACUCUACAGGACUGUUCCACUGGUGCCCACCUGUUCCCCUGAAGGACAUCUCACUGACCAGACAGAGUGCCAGUACCCUGGCACUGCAGGACCACGUGGUGGUGUGUGUCUUUGGGGACGGGGGCUCCAGCCUGCUGGGCCUGGGGGACUUCAUGAUGCCGCUGAGGGCCAGCAGCCUGACGGCCCCAGAGCUGAGGACGGUCGUCUUCCUGGGAGACCCACACUACUUCAGCAGGGAGUGGGCCAACAUACAAUACUUCCCCAACAUCUACUUCCUGCCUGGCUCUCCUCUGUGUGGGGCAGACCUGCGUGCGUUGAGGGUGGAGCGCUGUGCCAUGGUGGUGGUCCUCAGCUCUCUGUCCAGCUCCAGCGACAUUGAGCCCUCCAUGCAGGAUAAGGAGACCAUCCACUUCUGUGUCAACCUCUACCACAUCCGCUUCAGCCCCGAGCCAGGCCCACGCUGCACACUCAGUCACACUCAAAGUCACGGCCACGGACAGGGGCUGGAGCUUGGUCAUGGGUUUGGUGGUCAUAACCGUGGUCCGAGCCACGACACACUAGACUUUUCCCACGUCCCUACGAUACCCGAGAAAGCUGAGGUCACCCCUGCACACAGCGCCGGCACCACUGUCCCUCUGCUGGUAGAGCUGGUGAACAGCUCUAACGUGUGCUUUGUGAAUGAGGCGGACAGCCAAGAGGACUCCUCCAGCCUGACCCUGAGCCAGGCCUUCUCUGUAGGCUCCGUAUUCUCUGUCGACCUACUGGACUCUCUCAUGGCAGCCACGUACUUCAACGCCAACGUGCCUGGUCUGAUCUGUACGCUGGUGACGGGUGGCGACACCCCCUUACUGGAGGCCCAGCUGGCAGAGGACAACCAGCUGCGGGGAGGGGAGAUGUCCAUGAAGAUGUGGGCGCUGCGCCAACGCUCCAAACUGGCACAGCUGGCACUGCAAGAUGAGCCCCUCUGCAGCCUCGCUUGUGAGGACUUCAAGGAGUUGUUCUGCCAGGCUCUGGACUCGUUGGAGAUCCUGUGUUUUGGGCUGUAUCGCCUGCUGGACCCUCCUAACCCCUCCAUGAAGAGGUUUGUAAUCACCAACCCGUCAGCAGAGCUCCCGUUGUUGUCUUCAGACAGAGUCUUCUGCUCCGUACCCUUCCACCAGAGUCACCUGCUCACCCUGAGGAGAGCCAAGACCAUCAGUCACCGCCUAUGAACCUCCGCUACACCCCCGCCCUCUGCUUGGAUACCACAAGAUGAAUUACUCCAAACGGAACACGAUCAAUUUGAUUUACGUAAAUCUCUUAAUAAAGUC